AUGCUCACGAUUUGUGGACGAGAUGAGAAAACUCUGAAUGAAACAAAAUCGAUGGUGCUGGCGGUUAAUGGUGGCGAUGAAAAGAAGGUUUUCCUGGUCCGUGGUGACAUCUGCAACGAAGAGGUGAUGAAAGAGAUCAUCGAUGGAACUGUGGAGGUGUUUGGUCGAUUGGACGUCUUGGUAAGCUCUAUGAACUGCACGAUGCAAUCGACCUACUACAUCAAUCACCUGGGCAUACGCCAACAAUUCGUCACCCAGUUAGAAUCGUCGACUUGA